CCGCUUUCCCUUUAAGAGGAUUUCUUUUGCCUGCACCGACCCCUACGCUUCCGCUCUCCGUUCCCACAAUGCAGUGCGGCUGAGCACCUCCAAGCCCGCGGGGACGCUGCGCGCGGAGCCGUGCUGAGGCGGCAGCGGCGACGUGGGCUGCGGCGGGCCCGCGGCGUCGGGCGGUGCGGAUGUCGGGCUGGGCAGACGAGCGCGGUGGCGAGGGCGACGGGCGCAUCUACGUGGGGAACCUUCCGACCGACGUGCGCGAGAAAGAUUUGGAGGACCUAUUCUACAAGUACGGCCGCAUCCGCGAGAUCGAGCUCAAGAACCGGCAUGGCCUCGUGCCCUUCGCCUUCGUGCGCUUCGAGGACCCCCGAGAUGCUGAGGAUGCAAUUUAUGGAAGGAAUGGUUAUGAUUAUGGCCAGUGUCGGCUUCGUGUCGAGUUCCCCAGGACUUAUGGAGGUCAAGGUGGGUGGCCCCGUGGUGGGAGGAAUGGACCUCCUACAAGAAGAUCUGAUUUCCGAGUUCUUGUUUCAGGACUUCCUCCAUCAGGCAGCUGGCAAGACCUGAAGGAUCAUAUGAGAGAAGCUGGGGAUGUCUGUUAUGCAGAUGUGCAGAAGGAUGGAAUGGGGAUGGUUGAGUAUCUCAGAAAAGAAGACAUGGAAUAUGCCCUGCGUAAACUGGAUGACACCAAAUUUCGCUCUCAUGAGGGUGAAACUUCCUACAUCAGAGUUUAUCCUGAGAGAAGCACCAGCUAUGGCUACUCACGGUCUCGGUCUGGGUCAAGGGGCCGUGACUCUCCAUACCAAAGCAGGGGUUCCCCACACUACUUCUCUCCUUUCAGGCCCUACUGAGACAGGUGAUGAGAAUGUUUUCUGUAUUUUUUAGGCAAACUGAGCUACUUUGUGCUCAGAAUCUACAUUCCAGAUUGAUGAUUUAGUGUCUUAGGAAAUUUUUUAAAUUUUUUUUUUUUUUUUUAAAGAAAAAAAACUGCAUAAUUUCUACCAGGGCCAUGUUGGCAGUGAAAUAUUUUAAGCUGCAGAAAUUGUGGUUUUGGUUCAGAAACAAGUUGCCUAUUUUUCACUCCUGAUUAUGGGAAGAAAAUCAGUGCUAUGUCUUUGUGGGUUGUUCUGCUAUGGAGAUCAGCAGUUACUGUGACUGAGUCGGCCCAUUCUGUUUAGAAAUAUAUUUUAAACGUUUAGUAA